AAUGUAUUUAUUUUUAUUUCAUUGUAAAUUCUAUCGAUUCUUGCAGAUAUGAACAACGUCAUUACUUAACUUUUACACAAAACUUGAGUUAAUUAUUCUUUAGUCAUUGGAAAUUUUAAAGUUGCAUACCUUCAUCUGUCACUAUAGACUUCUGUCACUUUGUCACUUUCAAAAAAAAUGUUUUGAUCUUGUUUUGAUUAAUGAUAAUUUAUAAUUUCCUAUUUUUGAAUAUAUUUUUUUUUUAUAAAAUUGAAGAUUGCAGCAGAGAUUGCAGUGAAGUAUUUAUGCUUAUGUGAUAUCUUAUUCCUAAGUAUUUAAUAGAAAAUUAAAUAGUUUCGGAAAUAAUAUCACCGAUUUUUUGAACGCCUCUGCUCUUAUCAUUUGAAAUAGCUACUGGCAGAGAACUGGCAAUAUUUUUAUUGCCGUAAUCCUAUUUUUAGUUUUUCGUAGUACUGCAGCACGGUAAAAAGUGCAGAAAUCGAACCAUACCAGUUAUAUAUAAGCAACUACUAGGUACUGCUUUAUCCAUUCAAGUUUUACAGAUGUUUAAAUACCGACCUUGGCUUUGCUCUAAGGCUUAGUUCAAGGAUACACAUGAUUAAUAACAAACCUGUAUAAUAAUUAUCGUUGGAUAAAGCGUCUUACGAAUAUGUGAAUUAAAUCAUUCUCGUUCACGGGCAGUUAGCAUCUUCAUGUUUUGGAAUAUUCUUAAUUGAUUUAAGAAGAUGAAUUCUGCUAAGAGAAUGUAUGGUUUGGAAACUUUCUUCAGAAACCAAAAAUUUGUUGAUUGUACUUUUGUAAUCAAUAAUAAAGAAGUAAGAGCUCACAAAUUGGUGUUGGCCAGCAGAAGUUUGGUGUUUGAAAAAAUGCUAUAUGGUGAUUUAGCCUCUGACAUAAUUACUUUAGAUGAUGUACAAUUAGAAGAUUUCAAUAGGAUGCUAGAGUAUAUUUAUACUGACCAAAUUUUACUGAAAUCAAUUAAUAAUGCCUGGACAAUGUUGUAUCUGGCAAGAAAAUAUCUCUUAGAUGAUUUGACUGAAGAAUGUGUGAAUUACAUUUCAGACAAUUUAACUUUAAGGAACUUAGUCCUUAGCUACGAAUAUUCAGAGCUGUAUAACAUAACGCAGUUAAGAAAUCGAUGUUUGGCCGAUAUUGUCAGUUCAUUUAGUGGUCUCUUUGUUGCUGAUUAUCACAUGAAGUCUUCGACUUUACGCACCUUACUGGUAAAAGAUUUAGGAAUGCCAAAGGUUGAUUUAAUGCUCAAAAUUAUCGACUGGACAAUCACCGAAUGUGAUCUUCAAGAUGUAACACCAACUCCAGAAAUUAUAACUGAUAUUCUUCGUCAAGAGGAUCUUUUACCAUUUUUCAACAAGAAAUGGUUGUUGGACUUAACAUGUGAAUAUUGUAGUGACAGUGUUUUAGUGUGUCAGUGUUUUGGAGAUCUCAUUCAUAACACACUAGUUCAUCUUUCUGGUGAAAUCAAUUGGGAGGAGGAAUCCCAUAGUCUUCCAAGGAUAGUAAAACCGCAUCCUCACUUAUGCAAAUCCAAAAAAGUGUUCAAAAUUGCAUGCCGUAUAGAUCUGAGAGAAGGUGAGGAAUUUUCUUCCGAAAUAGUUGUAGACACCACACUAGUUGUAUCUGGUCUAGUAAUUUGUUCUGAAAUGAAGUGCUCCUCUGAUUCUACCGAUACAUAUAAGGGUACUGUGAUGGUACGUUUUGUUGAACAGAAUUCAAAGAAAAAUUUAUCAAGACCAACAAUAGUGCGUGAUGUUUUUACCUAUGACUCGCAAGUUUAUAUUCCAUUAAGAUAUGCAGUAGUACUAUUUCCAGGUAAGGUUUAUAAUAUUCGAGUGUCUUACAAAAAUUAUAUGCAAGCACACUCUAGUAUAGUUUGUAGUUAUAUGAGUGAUAAGUUGGAAAGUACGAAACCAGACUGCUCUAUGUUUUUCUUUGAUUGGAGAGGAAGUAUUAUUAGAGGUGUAACAUUUUAUCCCCUCUAAGUCUAUUUUAAGUAUCGAAAACUAAAUUUUCUGUGAUGCCUUAGAAAACUAUUUUUUUCCUUAGUAGUUUCCAAUCUGUAAAUAAGUGCAAUAUUUAUUCAGAAACAAUUUAUUUUGUUGAAUGAGUAUUAAUCAUUUAUUGUUAUAGGAUUUUUUACCCUGAAUUCUUAAAAUGUUAUUAAAUGUUGGAUUAAUUUGAAUAAAAAUUUAAUUAAACUGUAAAGAUCUAAAAUUGUCUUUUGAUGAUUUAUAGAAAGUAUCUUGAUCUGCCAUAGGUUGAUUUUAUCUCUACCAAUAUAUCUAUAUUGGCAGAGUAAGUGGAUAUUGGUACAAUAUAAAUAAACUACCUACUUGUGAUGAGUGACUCAAGUUGAAGGAUUCAAGGGAAAACAUGAUAAGCACCAAUUUCUUAAUUUCAGGGUUUUACAAUAUUAUAGUAGGUCUAACUGGUCUCUACAAAAUGUAUAAACUCUGCAGGGUAAUAAACUGUUAAAUCCUAUAACAUAUGCCUAGUAAAAAUAUACCAUACAGGCAUGGGCGGAUACAGGAAUUUACUUUAAGGGGGGGGGGGCAAAUAAACAGUAAUGUAGAAUAUGCUUUUAUGGCCCAAUUUUUAACCCAAAAGCAUAAUAUUUAACCCAUAAAAAUUUAUAGAUUUUAGGAGGAACCGGGGCCAUAUGGACCCCCCUUCUGUAUCUGCCACUGUAUACAGUGAAAGAACCUGCUAACCACCACCCGUCCAGUACUCUUUUUUACAAAAUUAGUAAAAUGGGGCUUAUCAUAUUUUCCUCUCAGUUAUUAAGUAUUGGGGAAAACAGUUAUACUCAUUUUGAUCCUAUUUUAUAAUUUACUUAUCUUUAUCAAACUAAAAAUUAUAUUAAAUUAAGCAAAUGUCAAAUGAAAAUUCUAUAUUAAAAGUAUGUAUACAUUUUUUAUUGAAUUUAUUCUGGUUCUUUUGUUAUUUAUAUUUUAAUAAAGAAAUUAAAAAAUCAAUUGUUGCAAAAUUCAUGAAAUAGUAAAUAUCGCGAUAUUGUAUUAUAUAUAGAAAUAUGUCCGUAUACAUAAUAAUAAUAUCGUCCCAUUGCUGCCAAAAGUCACUAACUUACUUUUUAUUACUUCCGAGAAAAACGCGUCUAAAGAUGAAUUGCAUUGCAUAAAAAUGUUAUAGUUAGUAACUAUUCGGUAUUAAAAUACAACAUAAAUAGCCAGAAAUGGUAGUUAAUGACUUUUUCAAUCGAUUCUCCCCUUCAAAAUACAGUUAGUGAUUUAAUUUUCAGGUUCGGAAAAAUGUUAGUGACUUUUGGCAGCAAUAGGACGAUAUAAUGUGUACAUAUAAAUAAUCUGUAAUCUUCAUUAUUUUGUAAACAAAAUAUUAAAUGUCAUUGCUAUUUUGCCUGGUUUCUUUUAGGGAUAUACGAAAAUAUUCUGGUAUAAAAGACCCACUUUUUCUAUCAUUAUCAGCAUAUUAUCAGUCUUCAAAACAUUUUAUCUGUAGUAUUUAUUAGUAGUUUAUUAUUGUACCUAUUUGUUUAUAGUGAUCCUCAUCUGUAUUCUUUCUCAUGAUAAUAUUUAAAAUAUUUGUUAAAAAAUACAUUGGCCUAAUUGCUGUGCAAUGGGCAGUGCAAAAUCAUUAAAUAAUAUAAAAAAUAAUAAUUUGUUUAAAAUUAAGAAUUGAUAAUUAUUUAAAAAAUUAAAACAGGCUUUUUCAAAUCUUGUGGAAGUGUGUUUUACUUUAAUAAGUAAUUAAAAAAUCAUCAAAAUCCAGUUUUUCAUAUAAACUUUAAGUUACUAAGUUUUGUGGUACUUUUCUAGUUUUGUUGCUUUUAAUAUAGGGUGAGUCUUAAAAAAGUGCAAAUAUUAGGGGUAGUAUAUACCCCAGAAAUACGAUUAUGAGAUAUUUUUCGCAAAAAAAAAUUUGGGAUU